AUGGCCACAUCGGGGGAGCCCAGUGUGACCAGGUUGUCUAAGGAGGGACGAAUCGGCCCAGGGUGGAAACACAGCAGGCAGAAGUCCCCGUGCAAUCACCCCUCCACCUCUCUACCCCCCCCCCCCUCCCACCGUCUACCGCCCCACCGUCUACCACCAACCGUCUACCACCCCACCGUCUACCGCCCCACCGUCUUCCACCCAACCGUCUACCGCCCACCGUCUACCGCCAAACCAUCUACCGCCCCACCGUCUACCACCCCACCGUCUACCACACUACCGUCUACCACCCAACCGUCUACCGCCCCACCGUCUACCGCCCCCUACCACCCAACCGUCUACCGCCCCGCCGUCUACCGCCCCUACCACCAACCGUCUACCGCCCCACCGUCUACCACCAGCCGUCUAACGCCCCACCGUCUACCACUCCACCGUCUACCGCCCCCUACCACCCAACCGUCUACAGCCCCGCCGUCUACCGCCCCCUACCACCAACCGUCUAACGCCCCACCAUCUACCACACUACCGUCUACCACCCCACCGUCUACCGCUCAACCGUCUACCUCCCCACCGUCUACCGCUCACCGUCUACCACCCAACCUUCUACCACCCCACCGUCUACCACCCCACUGUCUACCACCCAACCGUCUACCACCCCACCGUCUACCGCCCACCGUCUACCACCCAACCUUCUACCCACCCCACCGUCUACCGCCUCACCGUCUACCAUCAACCGUCUACCACCCACCGUCUACCGCCCCACCGUCUUCCACCCAACCGUCUACCGACCAUCGUCUACCGCCAAAUACCACAACACCGUCUACCGCCUCACCGUCUACCACCCCACCGUCUACCACAACACCGUCUACCACCCCACCGUCUACCACCCAACCUUCUACCGCCCAACCGUCUACCACCAACCAUCUACCACCAACCGUCUACCUCCCCACCGUCUACCACCCAACCGUCUACCACCAACCGUCUACCACCCAACUGUCUACCACCUUACCGUCUACCGCCCCACCGUCUACCACAACACCGUCUACCACCCCACCGUCUACCACCCUACCGUCUACCACCCAACCGUCUACCACCCACCGUCUACCGCCCCACCGUCUUCCACCCAACCGUCUACCGCCCAUCGUCUACCGCCAAAUACCACAACACCGUCUACCGCCUCACCGUCUACCACCCCACCGUCUACCACAACACCGUCUACCACUCAACCUUCUACCACCCCACCGUCUACCACAACACCGUUUACCACCCCACCGUCUACCACCAACCAUCUACCACCAACCGUCUACCUCCCCACCGUCUACCACCCAACCGUCUACCACCAACCGCAAUCACCCCUCCACCUCUCUACCCCCACCCCCUCCCACCGUCUACCGCCCCACCGUCUACCACCCAACCGUCUACCGCCCACCGUCUACCGCCAAACCAUCUACCGCCCCACCGUCUACCACAACACCGUCUACCACACUACCCCCUACCACCAACCGUCUACCGCCCCACCGUCAACCGCCCCCUACCACCCAACCGUCUACCGCCCCGUCGUCUACCGCCCCCUACCACCAACCGUCUACCGCCCCACCGUCUACCACCAGCCAUCUAACGCCCCACCGUCUACCACUCCAUCGUCUACCGCCCCCUACCACCCAACCGUCUACAGCCCCGCCGUCUACCGCCCCCCCCCCUACCACCACCGUCUACCGCCCACCGUCUACCACCCACCGUCUAACGCCCCACCUCUACCACACUCCACCGUCUACCACCCCACCGUCCUACCCCCCGCUACCCCAACCGUCUACCACCCCACCGCCCUCACCCCUCUACUCGCCCCACCGCUACCACCAACCAUCUAACACCGUCACCUCCCCACUGUCUACCACCCCCACCCCACCGCUACCGCACACCGCUACCCCCACCGUCUACCACCCCACCGUCUCCACCCCCCUACCCCCACGUCUACACCACCCACCCCCACCGUCUACCGAACCACCGCCCCACCGUCUACCACCACUGUCUACCACCCCCCACCGUCUACCACCCACCGUCUACCCCAACCGCUACCCCACACCGUCUACCCCCCUACCCCACCACUUCUACGCCCCCCCCGUUCUACACCCCCCACCACCGUCUACCACCCAACCGUCUACCACCCAACCACCGUUCUACCACCCCACCGUCUACCGCCCCCUACCACCCAACCGUCUACAGCCCCGCCGUCUACCGCCCCCUACCACCAACCGUCUACCGCCCCUACGUCUACCACCAGCCGCAAUCACCCCUCCACCUCUCUACCCCCCCCCCCCUCCCACCGUCUACCGCCCCACCGUCUACCACCCAACCGUCUACCGCCCACCGUCUACCGCCAAACCAUCUACCGCCCCACCGUCUACCACAACACCGUCUACCGCCCCACCGUCUACCACCCCACCGUCUACCACUCCCACCGUCUACAACACUACCCCCUACCACCAACCGUCUACCGCCCCACCGUCAACCGCCCCCUACCACCCAACCGUCUACCGCCCCGCCGUCUACCGCCCCCUACCACCAACCGUCUACCGCCCCACCGUCUACCACCAGCCAUCUAACGCCCCACCGUCUACCACUCCAUCGUCUACCGCCCCCUACCACCCAACCGUCUACAGCCCCGCCGUCUACCGCCCCCUACCACCAACCGUCUACCGCCCCACCGUCUACCACCAGCCGUCUAACGCCCCACCAUCUACCACACUACCGUCUACCACCCCACCGUCUACCGCUCAACCGUCUACCACCCCACCGUCUAUCGCCCCCUACCACCCAACAGUCUACCACCCCACAGUCUACCACCCCACUGUCUACCGCCUCACCGUCUACCACCCCACCGUCUACCACCCCACUGUCUACCACCCCACCGUCUACCACCCCACUGUCUACCACCCCACCGUCUACCGCCUCACCGUCUACCACCCCACCGUCUACCACCCAACCUUCUACCGCCCAACCGUCUACCACCAACCAUCUACCACCAACCGUCUACCUCCCCACCGUCUACCACCCAACCGUCUACCAUCAACCGUAUACCACCCAACCGUCUACCACCAACCGUCUACCACCCACCGUCUACCACCCCGCCGUCUACCGCCCCCUACCAACAACCGUCUACCGCCCAACCGUCUACCACCAACCGUCUACCACCCAACCGUCUACCGCCCAACCGUCUACCACCCAACCGUCUAA